GCUGGGGUGGGGGUGGGGACAGCUCCACCUGUUGCUGCCGCCUGAGCAGCGCUGGCCUGAUGGGACGGCCCCUCCUCUCUGUGCUCCCCCCCCCAUAGUUCCCAUCCAUUGUCAUCAACUGUCUCAGCACUGCUAUAUUUAAGGCCCAUGCAGGCUCCAGGAUCACAUUCUUCUUCCAGUCCCCGCUGAGCCCAGGGCAAGAAGGAACCGAGGUCCCUCUCAUCCUCUGGAAUCUUCUCACCUAAGUGGGCACAGCUGCUUCUGUUGUUGCUCUCGCAGCCAUGACUCUGCCCCACAGCCCCGGAAAUGUGGGGGAGCCCCGGCCCCCCCAGGCCGUGGAGGUCGUCCACCGGCUGGAGCACCGCCAGGAGGAAGCGCACAAGGAGGAGCGGCAGCACCACCUACACAUGGGUUCCUCAGUGCGGAGGAGAACCUUCCGCACCAGCGAGGAAGAGUUUCAGUUCACCGCCGCAGACUACGCCCUCGCAGCAGCCCUGGCUCUGACAGCCUCCUCAGAGACAUCUUGGGAGGCCCAGCUGAGGCGCCAGACCUCUGCGGUGGAGCUGGAGGAGCGAGGGCAGAAGCGGGUGGGCUUCGGCAAUGACUGGGAGAGGACGGAGAUCGCCUUCCUUCGGACCCAGUGGCUGCUGCGCCAGAGACGCGACCGAAAGGCACUGAGACGACGGACGGAGGAGAAGGUCCGGGAGGCCAAGGAGCUGAGAGAGCUGUGUUCCGGCCGGGGGCCCUGGUUCUGGAUCCCUCUGCGCUCCCAUGCCGUCUGGGAGCACACCACAGUUCUGCUGACCUGCACUGUCCAGGCCUCGCCUCCACCCCAGGUCACCUGGUAA